AUGUGGUUGGAACAGGUCGGAAAGACCAAACAAGAAUUGAUCAAGAGGAAGAAACAACCAGUUGUUUCUAUCCAAUCUAUCAAUGAAAAUACUCAUCGGGACGAGAGGAUCUCCUCGUCUUCUCAAUCCUCAUCAUCGGAUUCUAGAAUGGAACAUCGGUCCAAUAUGGCCAUGAACGAAGACCAUUAUAAUGAUUGCAAACGUUGUUUAAUGUGCAAAUUACCAGUUGAUGAUCAAACAGAUACAAUUAGUGUGGGCAUGAAAGGUGUUCAUGGCCUUCAGAAAUUCCUUCCCUAUCAUCCCAAACGCUACUUAAUGGAACAUGAAGAAAUUCUUUCUGCUUCCGAGUGGAUGGAUUUAAUUUCAAAAGAAAAGCUCUAUGUUCAUUUGGAUUGUUACUCUGUCUAUACAGUGAGACCAUAUCAAAUUAUGUUUGAUAUGUUUGAAUUGAAUCUGAGAAAUGAUGGCGAAUGGAUGGAUACAUUUUCCGACGACUUGUACAAACGUAUUACACGUAUGCAGCAGCUUUAUAGGAAGGUGAAUGGUAAGAAGAGAACAAAGACACAGAAGGAGGAUGAUACCGACGAUGAAGAUGAUGGUGUUGAUGAUGACAAUGUUGAUGCUUCAACAUCCUCUCAGAAAAAGGUCAAAGUGGAUGCCAAUUCGAGUGUUUCGAAAAAGUCACCCCGAAAGAGUAGUACUAUUACAAAGGAUUCUCAAGCCUCACAACCCUCUUCUGUUGUAGUUGCACGAGAUACUGCUCAAUCUCUGCAAUGGGUACAAAGUUUGAGAGACUCGCUUGAAACAUUCACAUCGCCUUACUUGUUUGGAUUAUCCGAUGAAAUUUGGAAUGAAGUGCUGAGCUACUUGACUUUUCCUCAUUUACUGACUUUAAAUAGAGUAUCCAAAAGUUUUUAUUACUAUUCCACUCAGUCAAUACUAUGGAAAUCUCAAUGUAUUCAAACAUUAUGCCCAAAAGCAGUACAAGUUCAACAAGAAUAUUUUCCUCACUGGAAUGACGACUUUAAGAAAGUGUUUGUGAUGCUGUUUGGAAACUGCUGCAUUAUUUGUGGCGAAUAUUUGCGAUUGGAUGUGCAACUGCAUGAAAGCACUUCUCUAUCCCAAUCCAUGGGCAGUAUCUUAGUUCCAGAAUAUCCUCUCUAUUACAAUCAUUUACUUGAUGGGUGUGUCUGCACGGCUUGUUCUGGCUCUUCAUUAGCUGAAAACAUUACCAGAACAAACUCCAGGAAAAAGUACAGUGUCAUCGAUCAAGAUUUGUCUUUAAUUCGAUGUCUGCGCAGCCCCAACCCAUGGCAUCCAAGCACAGCGAUGUGUGUAUAUUCUGACUUGCAGCUUCAAGUGAUACAGAGUAAAAAGAAUGAAGAAACAAUUAUUUCCAAUUAUCACAGGUCUAAGAAGCAUUCGAAAGAAGACUUGUUGAAAUUGAUUAGAAAUUCAAAGAAUGGCAAGUAUGGAAAGAAUUGCAAACUUUUCGCCUAUCUCACUUCGAGCAAAGCAAAAGUUAAAAAAUUGUUUCGUGAAAUAUUUGCCUACAUUGAUACUCUUGAACCUUAA